AUGGGUUUUUUCUCAGACCAUCGAACCACAUCGAUCACUAGCACAAUCGAUAAGGUAACUUCAAGGGAUGAUUUUACUAUUGAAGAAGAGCUGAUCAACAUAUUAGAAUUGAUUAAGAAUGCAAGCAAUAAAUAUGAAUAUUCCACUAAUCAGGAAGAAGCCGCUAGGGCACUAAGGAAAAAAUUGAAAUAUGGUAACAGGGUACAGGCGUGGAGAGCUUUUGAGAUAUUGGAUCUAUGUGUCUCACAAGGUGUCAAAUUGGGAGUCUUAUAUAACGAUCCUAAGCUCUUAGAUAGGGUUAAAAUGUUAACAAUUGAUCGGGGUACAGAUGCGAGAGGUCAGAGGUACAGUUCAAGAUUGGUUAAAAAUGCGACUUAUGCGGUUUUGUCCUGGUACGAUUACUUGGUUGCACAGGAUUUAGAUAAAUCCCGUACUUUUGAAGGUAUCUACAAUUUAUCGGUACAAGUGAAGAAAAGAAAAGAACGUGAACGCUCCCGUGACUCUUUGCCUGAUACCGAUAGGAAUAAUAGAUUUAUGGAUGAUUCUCCCGCUGAUGAAUCGAUUUUCGCAUCAGCACAAGAUCCUGAACGUCAUCAGCACAAUCCUGAUGAGCUGUACAGAAUCCCUCGACUAGAUAUGAGCAAAGAAUCUCCCAAGAUUCGUAUUGUGAUCAGCGAUGGAUUAGCUGCUGCGACUGCCUUAAGAAAUGCCCUAAUGAUAAUGCCUGCAGGUGAACCAUCGACCGCUGAUACGGAAGCUACAGAUAAAUUUGAAGAAGCAAGGACCAUUCGUCGUAAAAUUUUAAGGUAUUUACAAGUGAUAACUGAAGGUGAACAUUUGGGGUCGUUGAUUCGAUGUAACGAAGAAUUAGUGGAUGCUCUAAGUCAGUACGAUGAAAGAGCAGGUAGUUUAUCACCAUCACCGCCACAAUCAAUAGCUACUGAUGAGUACCCUGGCGCUGAACAUAGUGAUUAUGAAGAACGCCUUGGAGGGACUAGUGAUGAAGCAGAAGAGGAGCCAAUAGAUGAGACGGAUCCAUUUGCAGACAAUCAUAAAAUAUAA